CACUAAAACCCCUCUCUCCACCUGGCCACCUCGUUCCCCUUCGCCACGCUUCCACUCUGCUCGUCCUCCUCCUCCUCCCCUUCUCCGCAGCAACAGCCCAAACGGGCGCGGGCGCCAAUGGAGACCGCGGCGAUGCCAAGAUCUCCGUGCUGCUCCCUCCCCUCCGCCCGUGUCCUCCCCUCCCGCCUUCCCCUCCUGCCCCGCCCCGCGCCGGCGGCUCUCUCGGCCCCGGCCGCCAGGCCGGUCGUGGCCCGGUGCGCCGCCGCCGCCGGCCACGGGGGCGAGGGCGAGAUGCCCAUAGAGAAGAGGUUUCCUCCCUUCCCGGCUGUGAUGGACAUCAACCAAAUCCGCGAUAUCUUGCCGCACAGGUUUCCAUUCCUUCUGGUUGAUAGAGUGAUUGAUUACAAGCCAGGGGAAUAUGCUGUUGGGAUCAAGAAUGUUACAAUAAAUGAUAACUUCUUCCCAGGGCAUUUUCCGGAGAGACCUAUAAUGCCUGGUGUUCUUAUGGUGGAGGCAAUGGCCCAGGUUGGAGGUCUGGUUAUGUUGCAACCUGAAGUUGGUGGAUCUCGAGAGAACUUCUUUUUUGCAGGGAUUGAUAAAGUGAGAUUUCGUAAGCCUGUGAUUGCUGGAGACACCUUGAUUAUAAGGAUGACUCUGAUCAAGUUGCAGAAGAGGUUUGGAAUCGCAAAGAUGGAAGGAAAAGCAUAUGUUGGAGGCGACCUAGUAUGUGAGGGAGAGUUCUUGAUGGCAACCGGAUCUGAAUAAGGUACAAGGCAAUGGUGCAGCUUCAUUGCCUACCACAAUCAAGUUUUGGACCAUGUUUGUAACAGUGUACUGUAGCUCCUAUAGUCUAGUCUCGAUGGUGAUGCUUAAUGCAGGACUGCUGAGCUAUAAAAUGCUUUUUAUGCCGAUGAUGGUAAAAUUGAAUCAACCAGAUAUGUAUAUGGACGACGUCUUUGCUUUUUGAAAAUAAUCCUGCAAAAAUGUUCGCAAGCUUGAGUUGUACAGAGUGCAACUUGUUACACAUAAGCCAUCUAUUGUUUUCAAUUCUUUUUCAGUUUUUAAGGGGAUGUAUUGGUUCAAUCAGGGGUGUACGGCGCCACGGCGGUUAGACACUUUAGACCAUCUGAAGAAAUCCCCUGCUGUUCACAUUUUUCUUUUUCCUAUGUGUAAAUUGUUUAACGUAAACAUCUUAUAUCUGCUUGAGAAAAAUAUUGUUUCA